UAAACAAAGUGAAUGUAUGGUAAAUAGUGCGGUAAACAGUGAGGAGGGCUUUUAACCCCGCCCAGUGCUUUUUACAAUGAAAUGGGAGGAGUGGAUUCAUCAUAGACAGAUCUGGAGAGUGGAGACAGGCAGGAUGUGAACAAGCUCUCUCACAGCUGGAGCUGAAAGAUAUGGAUUUCUUUGCCACAUCAUCCUUGUUUCUGUGACUCGCUCUGCUAGUUUGUCAGGAUGGGCUAAAAACAAUUAUUAGCAGCUGAGUACUGUACACCUGGAUCCUCCACAGUCUCGCCUGUGCACAGGCGGUGAGGUUUGACACCAUGCAGGGACCUCGGAGGAAGGUGAAGGUCAUGUUGAUGAUGACAAUGGUGUUUAUCUUCAUAGUGGUGGAGGUCUCCCGCAAUGUUGGGAAGGGCGACGGCAACAAAAAUAAGCUUUUGGUUCCCUCAAAGAGUUUCUGGGCAAAAGAUCUUCCCAGUAAUGCCUACUGGAAUCGCCAGCAGCAACAGCUAAACUACAUCAACAACCCCAACCUAGAAAAUCUCAACUUCACGAUUGAUAAACUUCCAGACUGGCUCAACGACACGGUCAGUCUGGACUCCUGUGACCCAGACUUCAGGGUGACCACCCAAAUCAAGGAUUUCAAUUCCUUACCGGAUCGCUUCAAAGACUUUCUGCUUUAUAUGCGAUGCAGAUCCUAUCCCAUCGUCAUGGACCAGCCGAACAUAUGCGAAGACCAACCGUUCCUCCUCCUAGCUAUUAAAUCUUUAGUUCCACACUUUGAUCGACGGCAAGCUAUCCGCGAAUCAUGGGGCAAAGCCGGUCGCCUUGCAAACAGAACAGUCGUUACGGUGUUCCUUCUUGGAAACGCAGCCAUGGAAGACUACUUCCCUGAUCUCUCAAUGAUGCUCCACCAUGAGAGCUCAGUGCAUAGAGAUAUUCUUCAAUGGGAUUUUAGGGAUACCUUCUUUAACCUCACCAUCAAGGAGGUGCUUUUCCUGGAAUGGCUGAGCACCCGUUGUCCUGGAGCCAGUUACGUCUUCAAGGGGGAUGAUGAUGUUUUUGUUAACACCAUCCGCAUUAUAGACUUCCUAAACAGUCUUUCUCAAGCCAAAGCCAAGGAACUGUUUGUAGGGGAUGUGAUUAACAAUGCUGGUCCACACAGGGACAAAAAGGUCAAGUAUUUUAUCCCAGAGAGCGUGUUUGUUGGAACGUACCCUGCGUAUGCAGGCGGGGGUGGUUAUUUGUUCUCGGGACAGCUGGCCCAGAAACUUCAUAACGUCUCGAGGUCGGUGCCCCUCUACCCCAUUGAUGAUGUCUACACAGGUAUGUGCCUUAGGAAAAUGGGUCUCGCGCCUGAGAAGCACAAAGGCUUCAGGACUUUUGAUAUCGAGGAGAAAUAUCGCAAUAAUGCCUGUGCCUAUAAAAGCCUGAUACUGGUCCAUCCCAGAAGUCCUCAACAUAUGAUCAAAAUCUGGACAUGGCUGAAUGACCCAGCCUUGAACUGUCAUUGAACUGCUGCUCUACGGUUUGGCUGCUUUAAAGGGACAGUUUCCCCCAAAAAUUACAAUUCUGUCCUCAUUUACUCACUUUCAUGACGUUCCAAACAUGUAAGACUGACUUUCUUUCCUUCUUUAUAUGGACCAAAAAAAUACUAUUAUUUUUUCCAAAAAAAAGUCAUACAGUUUGGAACGACAUGAGGGUGAGUACAGAUGACAGAAUUGGAAUUUGGUGAAUUAUCCCUUUAAUGUUUUACCAUUGUUCUAUUGUGAUUUAUUAAUUUUAUGUCAAACGUCAGGAGUAAUGAUAAGCUCUUUAGAUUUCAAAUUUGCUGUCAGUUUCAACAGUGGCUCUGAAUUGCUACCUUCAUAGUAUUGCAAUGGCUUGACUUUGUGUCAAAUUCUGUUGAUGUUACAAGUAUUUAUAAACUCCCCUCUAGUUGUGAGGUCACAGGUGCUGAGGAUUGUGGGAAAUGUAGUUCAGCUGGUCUGGACAUGGACACAGAUGUCACUCACUUGAGAAAAAAUAUCUGUUGGUCAUUUUAAGAUGCUGUUUUUAUGUUUUUGUUUUUUUUUGUUUUUUUGUUUGUUUGUUUUCUAUUGGAGAAUUGUUGUAUUAUGCUAAAAUGAACAGACAUAUUCAAAUGAUCAUACGUUUCAACAGAUCUUUUUUUUUUUUUUUUUUUUUUUUAAAGCAUCUAUGCAGCCGUCAUAAGCAUAAUAUCUCUGUCCAUACUUUCUGCUUUAGUUGUCAGCAAGGUAAAUGAAAAUAUCGCCUUCCUGUUUUGCACAUAAACAGCCUGAAAAUUGAGACGUGUAUACGCGUGUUUAGGUUCAUGAAGAGUUUGCUCGUUUAGAGCCCUAGUUGUGGGUACAGCAGUUUAUGAUCCCAGAUGAAUGUAGGUUGCCUACUCAAACCUCAACAUGUUUUUGACUUCAUGCACUGCUGUCUCUCUUCUUUCUAGAGAUUCUAGAUAGAUAGGUUUCUUAUGCAGAAGCAGACAAUCAAUUGCAAGUCAUAAUCUUAUUUUUGUAUAAACAAAUUAGGCGUACGAAAUCAUUCACUCCUCUGCUGAAAAAGCAGACUGAAAGCUUGUUUGCCUCUCUGAUCUGAUUCUAAGUGUUCUCAGGAUGUUCUCAGAGUUUUGAUCAAAAAAAAUCAUGGUUAUAAAUCAAUUAUAUGGUGUAAAAAAAAAAAAAAAAAAAAACCAACAACAAGAAUAUGAAAGUACAGAGUGAAUUACAAAAGGCUAUGGCUACCAUCUUCCAUUUGAAAUCAAGGCAUCACACAAUUUACCUUCUUGGCUAAAUGAAUGAAACUUUGCAGCCAGUUUUCCAGGCCCAGAUUAAGCCUGUUGCUGUUGUUGUAUUUUUUUCCCUCUUAUAAAGAGGCCAGGAAACAGGUUCUCAGCUGGAUGACUUAAAUACUGAAUUUGACAGGCUCCCAACUAUGUUACAGUGACCCCUGCUGGUCUGCCUUUUUUUUUUUUUUUUUGGUAAUAAACACUGGACUUAACCUGCCUUCAUCUUCACAUAUUUAAAUCGCUCAUAUGACCUGCCAGUUAACUAGCAGUUCAUAUAUUUUUCUAUUUUGUUUUGGUUAGGGCUAUUCAUCAUCAACAGUCUCUUUUUAAAAAAGGGGCGUAGGCCUAGUAAUCAUCACAGACUUAAGGGUGUACUGACUGUGUCCGGUCGAUAAAUAUUAUGUUUGUCUUCAGUCUGCCUCAUUGGUUUUUUGCUGAAGAGUUAAAUCAAGCAUGUGUCAUAUUUUUUAUAUUUAAUAUUAAGUUGUCCACCCAGUUGUGAGGAAUGAGGACCAGAAGGAUGUGUGGCUUAUGUCACCUCUCUGCCGAUAACAAGGCAAGCACACCGUUUAACAGCCUGACGUUGUGUUUGGUGAGAGAAACAAAGUGUUUACAUGUGUUUAUGAACAGUACAAAAAGGCUGUAUUUGCUAUUUUUAUUAGUCACAUUGGUAGAUAAUACAGUACAAGUUUUAUACACUGGUAUUUACCAUACUCUUGUGAGUUCAAACUCUACAGGUUGUUGUGAGAAUGAACUCCUGUACUUGCAUUAUGCUGUUUGUGUACCAGAAGAUCUUUUGGUUUCUGUUGGUAAUGCAUUUAUGAGAACUGGGUCUUUAUGUAAAUCAUAAGAUAUUUGGAUGUUAAAGUAAUAUGAUGUGUUGGGUUAAAUGUGGCUUUAGUCGUGUAUGUGUAUUUAUGUGUAUUUAUGUAGGCAUGUAUAUACAGGCUCAGGAGUAUGAUCAUGAUUUUAAAAAAAAAAAUGAAAUCAUUUCUGUCUUUUAAACAAUUCUGUUUGUAUUUCAGAAUUGUUCACUAUUCAGUCACGUCUAUAUGGAAUUGCUGAAACUAUAAUGGCUUUCAGGUAUUUCACUUCACAGAAUUUUUAUUUAUUUUUAUUUUUUUUUUUGAAUGGUCAAACUACUUUUUUGCCACAUUUUUAUGCUGAUUACUUUCUAUUAUUGUUUGUAUAUCACAACACCUCUUACCAAAAACGCAUUGUCAACCAUGCAAACAUUGCUACCAAAAUGUGCCUGUUAAUAAUUCUGAUCGAUUAUCUAUCUGGCAGUCUUUUGUAAUUGAAUAUGCACAUUUAUGUUUUUUUUUGUCACGUCUGUAUCUGCCUUUUUUGAUUGAACUAUAUAAUAAAUGGAAUAAACUGA